AGCAUGGUGAUGGGAUGACCAGUGAGUAUAUUCCCAGCAUUGGAAAACGAGUGCGACUGUCACUUUUGCUGGGAAUAUACUGGUUCAUGAGCAGUUGCGGCAUGGAGUGCUUGUUCGCGCGUGGAGCUCCUGUCUUGGAGCCUCUGAACUUGCAUGGCAUCGCUGAAUUCAUCAAGUCUGGCCGGUGCAAGUCCAUCUUUCUGCUGACCGGCGCAGGUGUCUCGACCGGUGCCGGCAUCCCGGACUUCCGUUCGCCGGGCGGGAUGUACGACUCGCUCCGUCCCGAGCUGCUGACGGCCACGGAGAAGCAGCGCAAAUUGAUGAGAAGCGACCCAGUUCAUGUGGUGACCAAGGAGAUGUUCUAUCAAAACCAGUUCCCCUACAUGGAAGUCCGACGACCCUUCAUUCUUGGAACUCAGAGUCAACAGUGGAAGGCUACCAUUUCUCAUUGGUUCAUGAAAUUUCUGGACGAGGAACGCCUUCUCCAGCGAGUCUUUACGCAAAACAUUGAUGGCUUGGACUACCAAACAGGCAUCUCCCGCGAGCGAGUGACCAAUGUCCACGGGAGCAUUGCGAAUGUGACUUGUGAAGGUUGCAAGCGAGAGAUGUCCUUCGAUGCCUUCUGCGAUGAACUCCGCAAGAAUAUCAAAGACAUCUACGGUGUAGACCCCACGGCUCCUGAGACCUCCACGCACAUCCCAUGCCCUUCGUGCAAAAGGCCCUUGGUGAAGCCCAGUACGGUCCUUUUCGGGAGUAGUUUGCCCGAAGCCUUCUUUGACCAAUUGCCCAGCCUUUCGACGGCCGACUUAUUGAUCGUCGCGGGCACAUCGUUGGUGGUGUCACCGGCCAAUUCAGUCGUGCAACAUGUUCCCCGUAACUGCCCCAGGCUCAUUGUCAACAAGGAGCGUGUAGGUGAGGACUUGGGUAUUGUAUAUGGCACUGCCGCGGAGCGAGACAUAUGGAGUGGUGACAUCUCCUGUGAUGAGGCAUUUUUGGAACUCAUAAAGCUUCUGGGGUGGCAGGAGAAGCUUUUGAAGAUCCAACAUUUGCUGCCAGAGGGCAACAAGGAACUCCUCAAGAAGUUGUGAGUUGUGAGGGUAUGAUGAUAAUUUCAAUAUAUUUCAAGGGCUUAGCGCCUCACAGAAGCUUGAGGUUUUCUUGGACCGACUUAUGUACAGAUGGCAGGAUCCAGGAAAGAAGCACGCUCAAAUCCACCAAAAGCAAGUCCAUCACACCAAGCAGAUCUACCCACCAAGAGUGGGACAUCAGUUGGACCAUCCGUAUACCAUCCUCAAUGUUGAUGGUUCAUGAAUCAACCCACCUAGAAGGUCACACCUCCGGGGCCUGGGGUGUUUGAUUCAACCGUUUUCCGACAGUCCUUCGAGAAGAAGCUUCGGAACCGACCGGACCCGAGCGGUCGAGCGGUCGCUUCUGC